UUUGGCACAGGAUGAAGACCAGCUCAGCUCUUCAGCCCUGGAUCAUUGUCUAUUGUUCUCCAAACAGUAAACCACUAUUUUUCACCAGAGAUUGCGGGCUGCAGUUCUGUCCGAGCCCUGGGCUUCUCAUGAAUAUGAAGUGAAGGGCUCUGACCCAGAAAGUGGUUCUGAGCGGGGUAAAAUGGGGUCUCGGAAAUGUGGAGGCUGCUUAAGUGGUCUGCUGAUUCUGCUUGCACUUUGGAGCAUAAUUGUGAAUAUAUUAUUGUAUUUCCCAAAUGGGCAAACUUCCUAUGCAUCCAGCAAUAAACUCACCAACUACGUGUGGUAUUUUGAAGGAAUCUGUUUCUCAGGUAUCAUGAUGCUUAUAGUAGCAGCAGUUCUUCUUGUAUUGGAGAAUGAUAGCAACUAUAAAUGUUGCCAGAGUGAAAACUGCAGCAAAAAAUACAUGACACUACUGUCGAUGAUCUUUUCUGCCCUUGGAAUUGCUUUCUCUGGAUACUGCCUGGUCAUAUCUGCUCUGGGCCUCGUUCAGGGUCCCUACUGCCGCACUCUGGAUGGCUGGGAGUACGCCUUUGAAGGCACUGCAGGACGUUUCCUUACAGAUUCCAGCAUAUGGACCGAGUGCCUGGAACCUGCACACGUAGUGGAGUGGAACAUCAUUUUAUUUUCUAUUCUCAUAGCUCUCAGUGCGCUUCAAGUGAUUGUUUGCCUCAUCAGAGUAGUCACUCAGUUAUCCAAGAUACUGUGUGGAACCUAUUCGGUCAUCAUCCAGCCUGGAAUCAUUUGA